AACAAACCGCUUUUCAUCGUUGAAUUGAGACGCCAACUUUAAGUACUAAGUUAUGCCUAUUGAGACCCUCCAUGUACCGUAUUUCAUGCCAAAGUAAUACCGUAUAAAGGCGCGUAAAUUAAUGAUUUUUUUUGUCACAUUUACGCCGAAAUUUUUCGUAGGGUAGUUUUUGAUUUUUAAGACUUUAUUUGUUUAUUUUGCAAAAAUUUUCCUUUUUUAAGUGUUGUAGUAAAAAUCGGAGGCACUUUGCCACUGGGCGCUAGGACUAUUAUAGUUCGUCCCCAGUGUUUCUCCAGCUCGGGACGAAGACCCGGCCUCCAGUUGAGCUGGGUAAUUUUUCGGAAGCGUACCUGAAGACAUAAGAUGUUUAUUUUUAUUUUUUUUUGUAAUAAAGUAAAAAGCUAUGAUACAAAAACUGUUAAAACUGUAAGCCUACUGUCAAUAACUAAUCGUUUUCUUCGUCGAACAAGCUGAAUAAUAACGAUAAUCAAUCGUACUCCUACCGACAACCUGUACAGAAUGAGUUUUCAGAGUUUCCGGAACAGCCUUCGCUACUUUGAAUAUAUUUUCAAGUUUUAAUUUCGACGCAGCAAUUUCAGCUAGAGUAAUUUCCAUCAAAUUAAUCUUUUUUGUUUUUUGUUUCGAAAUUUUAACAAAGUCGGCAGCAGAUCGACAAACACUACCUCCUAGAACAGCCGACCACACUAAACGUUUGACAGUACCACCGAUCCCAUCGACGACGCCCUUGCCAUGUGAAGUAGCAAAGAAAUUCCAACUUAGUUUCACUUUAUAAAAAUUAGCAAUUUCAAGUAAAUUUCGAAAAUGAAAUCUCUGCUUAAAUUGGCUAGCUGCGCAGUCGGAAAAGAAAGCAAUCUCUUUAACACUUGGAAGUACAGUUUGCACAAAACAAAGUGAGUGAAUGAGAACGACACAUUUUAUCGUUUCUGUCACUAGAUAGAAUUUUCUUUUUCUUCUUACUUUCUCCCUCGCUUGUCAGCCUAACGUGUGACACGAAAGCAAAAGAGAGAUUGUGUUUUCUUAUGCCACAGAAAGGUGCGAUCUAAUUCAAACUUUUCUAUACAUGACGACCUACUGCUACAGAGUAAUCAUGGCUGCUUUUUUGUUUAGUGUAAUCUUCACCAUUUUUUCUGUUUUACGGGUUUCUUUUAUGGGUUUUUUCGUUCUCACGUUCUUAGCGUUGACAAACUAUUUCUCUUAAGCUUUCGGUAGCAAAUAGCAAACCGUUCACUACCGAUAGACGAGCCCUAGCUUUGGAUUGUUGUAUACCUAGUAGUAUCUGGGCGGCAAAAAUUUUCAUCGAUUUGGCGUACAAGUUUUAUUUUGCCUAUUAGCCGGCCUACCGGUUCUAUUUAUGCUGAAUAUUUUAGAAUUUUUAGUUAAAAGAAGAGACACGAGACAAACUGAGUUACGUUUCAGCGAUUCGGAUGGAAAAUAGUGUAGAUAAAAAGUUUAGAAUAUAUUAGUAAAAUCUGAACAGCAAAUAUGAAUUAGUUCUUGUAGUACGAAAAUCAUUCAGCUUUUUGUUAUUUAAUGUUUAUCAAGUGUACUGCAAAUGUUUUAUAACUACUCAUCAUAGGUCAUCGUGAUUGUAUCGAUGGUACAGAUGAACAAUACAUACUUUUUGAUAUUGAAGAGUCACGUCGACGUCCAUCUAAUCCAGAUGCUUUUGAGUGUGAUGAGUCUACAUUUAAUCGUCGUAAAAUAUUUUUCUUGUGGCAAUGCCAAUGUGCAUUUUCUAAUGAAUUACAUCCUAAAUGUAAUUGUGAAGAUAACAAGUGUCUACCAAAAAUACAUGAAAACUGUCCAUCAAACUUACCAGUUGAAUUGCAAGAAGAUGAUAUUAUUAUAAUAAAAUAUCCAACAAAAUCUGUAUUUACGCCUUAUUAUAGCAGAUAUUCAGGAAAUGUUGAAUAUUUCUCAUUUCAUCAUAGUAUUAAGUGUAUAGGAUAUCAAGGUUAUAUGCCGAAUGAAUUGUAUUAUAAUGCAAAUGAAAAUUUUUUCUAUGUAUAUGAUAUGGAUACAAUAUUUUGUAGUCAAGGUACACCAAAUCUAAAUGGACCACAAUAUGAUGAACACUGUUGGAAAAAUUUGCCAAAUUCACGUUCGUAUCACUUUUUAUAUUCUCAUCGAUGUAUUUCUAUGUAUCGUAUACGAGAUGGCAUAUAUGAUUGUCCACACGGUGAUGAUGAAGAGAUGAAUUGUUCAAUAUACGCUAGAAAAAAUCGAUUUCGAUGUGGUGAAGAAGAAACAUGUUUAUUAGCAGGAAUGCUUGGUAAUUUAAAUCCUGAUUGUCAAUCAAAUAAUCGUGAUGAAUAUAUACAACAGACAGACACAAAAUUAUCAAACAUGUUUUGUCUCAUAGAUAAUUCUAAAGAAUGUAAAAUACUUAAAGUAUAUAUUCGACAAUCGCAAAUAAUUUCAACAUACAUGCCACUCGAAUUAAAUAGUACGACAAAUCAAACAAUAUCAUUGUCAUCAGCAUUACCAAAUAAAAUGAAUUUUAAUCAAUAUUGUGAUUCAUUUUGGAAUUUAAAAUGGGAUUUUGAUGAAUUAUCAAGUUUUUGUCGAGACUGGAUUUGUCCACCGUACUAUUAUCAAUGUCGAACUGGUCAGUGUAUACCAAUUGAUUGGGUUUGUAAUAAUGAAUGGGAUUGCAGCGAUGCAUCGGAUGAACAAGGAGUAUUUCUCAUCGAUGAGUUAUCGGAACAUAAUUUCGCAAUCCUAAAUCGUUGUGAAUAUCGUGGAACACAUCAACCGUUUAGUGAUAUAUGUAAUCUUACCACAGAUUAUCCGUGCUUUUUAAUCAAUAUUGAAUAUAACCUAACAAUUCGUAAAAAAACAUUUGGACUAUGA